AUGAGUGACGAACAAAAUGCUCCAGAAAGUGAUGAAGAGACUCCAUCACCUAGUAGUGAUAUGCCAUUAACCAACCAACCAACUAAUGAACCAGUGAUGACACAGCCUUUAAGUAGAGCUGAACAACCAUUGGAUUCUGAAGAUGAAGAGGAAAAAAAGAGGCGCGAUAAUGCAGACUGCUGCUUUGAUCCAUGGUUGUCUGAUGAUGUUGAUAUCUUCUUCCUAUGUCGGUGUAUUGCUGAAUGUUGUGUGGGAAUAGGUGAGUGUACUGAAGGUUGUUGUGAGGGCUGUGCAGAGUGUAUUGCAUCUUGUUGCGAAUCAGGUACGGCCGAUGCAGUUUCUGAUAACAAUGAAUGUGAUUGCAACUGUUUUGAUUGA